AAAAAAAAUAAAUAAUGUUCAAAAAGAAAAGGACCAAGAAAGAGGUUCAUGUGUUUCCUCGCGAUUUGAAGGAACUUGGUUAUUGUAUUGAUGAGGAGGGACAACUAAAAACGAUAGUAGGAGGUGAACCUUAUAAGUUUGAAGUAAGAGAAAAAGAUAAAGCAUAUAAUGAAGCCUUAUAUGAUGCUAUAUUGGAAACAAUUGGUGACUGGGUACAAGAUACACUUCAAAAAAAAUUUGGAAUGGUUCGAGCUUUAUUACCAAUAGGUGUUACUGAAUCUGAUGUACAUACUAAAAUUUAUGUGAGUCCAGAUUAUUUAACAAAUGAAAAGAUGAUGAUCUUUAUUCCUGGAACAUCUCAUACAAUUGGGAUUUGGUCGAGGAGGGUUCUUGCUGAUAAAUCUGUUGUGGAAGGAUCCAUGAUCGCCUAUACACAACGCGCCAUAGAAAUGGGAUUCUCGGUUGUAAUAACAAAUCCGAAUGAAGUAUUUUGGUACAAAGACAAGGGAGUCUUGAUUCUACCAAAAAGUACGUCCGAAUUUUCCACUAUACCAGGAAGCGAAUCACCAGAAAAUCAUAUAAAAUAUGUUUUCGAAAAUUUUGUCAUUCCUUCCGGAGCACAAAAAAUAGUUAUUGUUGCCAAUAGUUAUGGAGGUCAUUGUGCAAUUGAUAUCGUACAAAAUAAAUUUGAUGCAUUGAAGGAUAGAGUUAAAGCAAUUGAAUUUACUGCAUCAACCCAUUCGAUCGAUUACGUUAUGACCGAUAAAAUGAGAGUGUGGGUUCGAGAGCAUUGUAGAAAUUGGCUUAUGUCUGAUCAAGAAGCCGGUAAAGAAGUUAUUGAUGUGAGAUUUGGUUGCACUUCAUUAUCAUCAGGAGCUGAACUCAAUGAAUUUGUAACUACAGAUGUCAUUGAUGAUGUUUUUAGUUUUAUAGAAAGAAGAGUGGUUAAUGAAGAAUUUUGGGAAAUUAGUGAUAAUGAAAAUGAAGAUGAUUAUUUAGAAGAAACUAAAAUUAUUGAACUUGACAACGAGUUGAUGAAUGAAAUUGGUGAUGUUAGAGAAAUAAGAGAUAUACAAGAAAAAGUUCGACCUGAACUUGAAGAAAGUCCAGAUUCUGAAUGGUUAAAAUAAUUAUAAAUAAUUGUUGUAAUAAAAGAUUUAUUUGUAGAAUUAUAAUUAAAUGAAUGUUGUAUUAAAAAAAAAUAUAUAUAUAUAUAUAUAU